CACGCCUCGGCGAGACAGCUGUCGGGUGCGGCCAUAUUGUGGGAAAGGUUCUUGUGCUGUGCGAAAACUUUCGACAUAUCUCCGUUUAUCGGCGUCAUCAGCGCGGGUCCACCAUGACGGAGCGGGAGGAUAAUGUCUACAGGGCCAAGCUCGCCGAGCAGGCUGAGAGAUACGACGAGAUGGUGGAGGCAAUGAAAAUGGUAGCUUCAAUGGACGUGGAGCUAACAGUAGAAGAGCGGAACCUUCUAUCUGUAGCGUAUAAGAAUGUUAUUGGUGCACGACGAGCUUCUUGGCGAAUCAUCUCUUCUAUCGAGCAGAAAGAAGAGAACAAAGGCGGCGAGGAAAAGUUGGAGAUGAUCAGGAAUUACAGGACGCAGGUUGAAAAAGAGCUAAAGGAUAUUUGCUCUGAUAUUUUGGGUCUCUUGGACAAGCAUCUGAUUCCUACUGCCUCUGCCGGAGAGAGUCGUGUAUUUUUCUACAAGAUGAAGGGGGAUUACCACAGGUAUCUUGCCGAAUUUGCUACGAGUAAUGACAGGAAGGCAGCUGCCGAAAAUUCCCUGGUAGCUUACAAGGCUGCCAGUGAUAUUGCUAUGACAGAACUGCCACCCACACAUCCUAUCAGGUUGGGUCUUGCUCUGAAUUUCUCAGUUUUCUAUUACGAGAUCUUGAAUAGUCCAGAACGGGCAUGCCGCCUGGCGAAGGCUGCAUUUGAUGAUGCAAUUGCAGAGUUGGACACAUUAUCAGAGGAGAGUUACAAGGAUUCCACCCUUAUAAUGCAGCUGUUGCGAGAUAACCUCACGUUAUGGACCUCAGACAUGCAGGGAGAAAGUGGAGAUGGUGAUCAGAGAGAGAAAGAACAGGUGCAGGAUGUGGAGGAUCAGGAUGUAAGCUAAUGUGGUAGUGGCGGCGGUGGCCCCUUCACCUCUCCACCACCACCACCACCCUUCUCUUACUCUUCCUCCUACCACCACCACUACCACCACCACCCCUUCCCACAGUGGAGCUCCAGUACCAACAACAUGUCUCUCCAACACUGCCAAAGAUGUCUACAUCACGUACACAAUUUUGCAACAGAAAAAAAUACCAGAGUGCUUUUUCAGGAAGUACUAGUAGAACUGCAGUUAACAGGGAAAGGGAUGGGUUUUGUGUGCAUUAAAUAGUUUCGAUAACAUGCCUAUGGUUGCUGCUCAUCACUGAGGUAUAAAUUUAGCAUGCUUUAACCUAACAUGGUAACCAGUUGUAUAUUUAGAUGUAUUUGCUAUGUCAAGGAUAAAAAUCUCCAGUCUGGUGUGGACACUUUGGUUGCGUUUUCUGUGCAAAGUGAAUUUAUUAACAACGGAGCUCUGCUGUGAUGAUGGGAAAGGACUUGGCACCAUCAUUCCAAUCCUUCGUCCUAAGUUUGGGAUUUUCAUCACGUUCUUUGUGUUUGAAAAGAUCCAUUGCAUCAUUUGUUGUGUAUUUAUUAUUGAUAUUGGUACGUGAUAAAUUUAAAUAUUAGGUAGGUUAAUUCUUUUUUAAUGCUAUGAUUUUUCUUGUAUAUUUUCAUAAGGUCUUAAAUUAAGACCAUUUCUGUUAAUCCCUCUUUGGUGUUCGGUGUCUUAAGUGGACAUUUAUGUUCCCCAGCUCAAUGUUUACUUAUGGCCCGGGGCGAGCAAGUUGGGUAACCAAGAUCCAGCUUAACCAGCCUUUUUCCCCACCCCAGCCCCCAAAACUCCCACCCAGUUGGGGCUCUAUAUCCUCAAUAUUAUCCUGAGGCCAGCAUUUCCUCUCUAGCAUUGGGUCGUUUGCAUUUUCUUGAAAAUUUUUUGUACCAUGCAAUCUCUCCGUACAGUGUGAAUGAGCUAAAGCGCAUCUUGGCACUUAUUUUCUUGCUUGGGGAAUUAGCACAGUUAAGUUGAUGGAAUCUUCUUUUAAUCGUUUGUCUGUCAGUCCAAGUUGUCUUGUUGUUCUAACCGUUUAUAUAUCAUUGCUGAACAUGUUCAUUAGGAAGAAGUUUGUGGCCCAUUUUGCUGUGGUGUUUGCAGAAAUCUAGCUCGCUUGAAAUGGCUGCAAUAGAGAUGUUGAGGCCUUUUGCAAGCAGCUAGGCAAAGAUGAGACUGGGGUCAUUCUGCAUUGACUAGUAGAUAAACUUCACCUUAAGGCUUAAGAGCUGUAUGUAGAGCAUCCCUAGAUCGGCAGUCUUGCCCCAGACAUCUUUGUUUCAAAGAACUCCCGAGUUGCAUCAUUUAGUGUUUACAAAGUAGUUUGUGCUUCAGUGCACUCGUGCUUUUCCCCAGCUGUGUGUGAUUGAGGUCACAAAAACUGACUGACCAGAAGAGUAAUGAGCCUUUUCUAGAGCAUUGUAAAAGGUCCUAUUACUUUGCAUGAGCACCAUUUUUGGGCUUGGUGCCUGAUAGUCACAACUAGACAGGAGCCCAAGAAAUGAACAGGCAAGUUUUGCAUUUAUAAAAGUGUUCCAUUGCUGGUGGUGCAGAGAAGGCACUAUCAGAGUAAAUAAGCUCAUGUUAGUUUAUGACCACUGGAGUGAAUGUCUUAAUUUUUUUUUUAUCUUGUAAGGAAUAUCACCACUGAUCAGUCUUGUUAAGAAUCCAGCCAGCCUAUAGGUUUAGUUCCAUCUUAUCUCGGUAUUUUGUUGAUCGCUUGGUGCUGCCUAUUGUUGCAAAGAAUUCAAUAAAACUUCCCCAUUGUUGCAGCUAGGGCAUUUGAAUAAGAGCCACUUGUUUGAUGUAAUUCUUUCAUUUUUUGGAUAGGCACAGGUCAUUUCCAAGUUGCCCAGGUUUAAUGUACCAUCUAAGAUGGCCAAAAUGACCUGAAGUACCUACAACAUAAGAGCACUGAUUUGACAAGAUUUUUCCAGUUCACUAGUCUCAUAGGAUGUAAUGUAUAAUCUUAAAAAUGAAAUUGUUUUUGAAAAAAGAUGUAGUGAGCAUUCUAUUCAUUCCAAAGUUUGCUCACUAGUUGGAAGGUGUUUGUGGGUUGGUGGUAGAUAGUGUUGACAAGUUCCCCCUCUCCUCCCUUUUCCUGCUCACUACUUUUCCUUCCAUUGAGGGGAGCUUGUUUCUCCUGGUAACUCUCUGGAUGAGAAGAGAAAAGGUGUUGAACAUUAUCUUCUACCUUGCCCACCGAGCCAUUUAACUAGCUCAAAGUUCCCCCCCCUCCAUUCACACCUCUCCUUCCCUCACCAUCCCUGGCCCUUCAUUUUGUGUGGGUCACUCCUAGUUGCUGGUACAGUAGGCUAUGCUUAGCCCUUCCUGGCUUCUUCCGUGUCUAGUAUUUGUGUCGCAACUGGGGAAAAUUGACCCGGGUGCAAAACUUGCCUAAGCUCGGAGUCGCUUGUUGCGUCACAUCUUGUGCUUUGUCAUUUGAAUGAUCACAACUAUCCAUUUUAAUAUCUACAUUGUCAGUGAACGGAGGAAUUGUUACUUCUUGAUCAUUAAAGGUGGAUAUUGUGUGUGGUGUCCAUAAGGUUACCACUUUUAUAAGGUUGGUGGAAUCUUGAGAGGUCAGUCAUUUUGAGCUUCUAUUGGUGCUUCAAUAAGGCUCUUUUAUUUUCAAUAUCUUGAGGGAACAAUUCUUAUUGAUGUACUUUAUUUAGAAGAGCUCUCAGUUACUGACCGCAUUACUUGUUUUGACCCAAGACAUUCCAGAGAGCAUUUUCAUAGUGGAAUACCUAAAUGAGCAACCAAGCGAUCACAUCUCGGGCCUAAUCGUGCUACCGCUGCCAGCAGAUGGCUAUCGGUGAUUAGCACACUUACAGUUCUUGGUGCUAGCAGAAACGAUGCCUGUUCAGGCUCUCGUGUGGCAAUAAAAAAAAAAUAAAAUUUUCAGCUGGCACAGGUGCAGCUUCUCAAAUUCACGUAGGUUACAAAUAAUGAAAAAGGAGCAUUUUGUGUACAGAGUAACUAAAAGGAUCUGUGCUGGCAUAUUCAUUCUGUAGAGGCUUUUAGGUAGGGUUGGCUAAGUUUGUGGCCAGUCAUUUGUGUAGUAACCUAGGAAAGUUUUACCUUUGCAAAUUGGGUGUGGGUUUAGUUUCCAGGUUUGGCACGAAUGUCGGGCAGAAAAUGGACAGUGUAGUAGACUUGCAAAACACGAGCCACAACAGUAGCUGUCAAUACAGUCCACAAUUGGUAUGACCAUGUGUUGUAUUUUUUACUACAAUACUACUCAUUAUACAUGCUAAACACCAAGAGAUGUGGUUCUUGCUAGAAUGUGCCCCUCUAUGUAAAUACCAAAUUGUGAUAGGCAAAGCACAUGUGUCAUUGCACUUGCAUGUCAAAAGUGUUUGAUUAAACCUCAUAUUCUCUA